AUGAGUUCAUACGAUCCCGAGAUGGGCUCGGGGCUCACUCAAAAACGAACUCUUACCUCUUCUGUGCCAUCAUCCUCAUCUGCCAGUAGUAGUAUUGGUGGCUCAUCAUCCAUAGUGGUCGGGAUGCAACCCUCUUCCUCUUCAUCAAAUUUAGAACCAGUUGAUUCUUAUAACAAAUUAGAUAAAACCGAAAUUUCCUUCGGAGCAAGAUUACAAAUGUUCAUCCGAAAAAACAGAAUCUUUUCCGUGAUUUUACUACUUUUCAUCUUGCUGAUUGUUGGAUUAUAUUUGAUGACUGGAAAUUCUAAAAAUGGAAACUCUGAUGAUGAUUUGAAAAAUGCCUUGUCUGGAAAUACCAUUCUUGAAGAUGAUCUUAUUGAUAAUGGUGGUACGAGCGAUUCAUCAACAACCUCCUCUUCAUCGGGUGGAGUUUCCGAUGGUAAUACACGAAAACCAGCCUAUUUGAAACGACCCGAAUUAAUGACCAUUCAAGAUUACCAUGUUGAUUUCAUGUCUGACUCUCAAAACGAGAGAAGAAGAGCCGUGAGAGAAGCUUUCAUUCAUGCUUUCAAGGGUUAUGAAAAUGUUUGGGGAAAAGAUGAAUACAGACCAGUGAGUCGUGGUUACCAUAAUUGGAUUCGUGAUUCGAAUGGAUUUGGUAUGACCAUUAUUGAUUCGUUGGACACCAUGAUUAUUAUGGGUUUGAAGGAACAAUUUGAAAAGUCAUUGAAAUAUGUGAAAAAAGAAAUGCCAUCCUUUUCGACGAUUAAUGGAGGAAUUAGUGUUUUCGAAACAACAAUUCGAGUGGUGGGAGGAUUUUUGAGUGCAUUUGAUUUGAGUAAGGAACCAAUUUUUCUUGAGAAAGCGAAGGACAUGGCUGAUCGAUUGAUUCCUGCUUUCAGUUCCUCAACAGGAAUUCCCUAUUCUGAAAUUAAUUUGAGAACUGGAGAAAAGAAGACAUUUGCAUGGGCUGGAAAUUGUUGUCCAUUGAGUGAAUUUGGUACCCUCCAAUUGGAAUUUAGAAGAUUGAGCGAAUUAACUGGAGAUGACAAGUAUCACAAAUUGGUCACACGAAUUAUGGACUUGAUGGUCGAAAAAAAGCCAUCCAAUGGGCUUUUCCCAAUCAAAUUCCAUCCAGAAAACGCCAAUUGGUGCACCAAUCAUGUCUCUCUAGGUGCUCUCGGUGAUUCCUUCUUUGAAUAUCUUCUCAAACAAUGGCUCAUGAAUAGAGGAACUCAAGCUGCAGAAAGAUAUCGACAAUUAUAUUUGGAUUCUUUGAAAGGUAUUUUCGAUCACAUGCUCUUAAAAUCGAGUCAAGGAUAUACCUAUGUGGCAGAAUAUAGUGGAGCUCCAUUCCACAAGGUGGAUCAUUUGGCUUGUUUUGCUGCUGGUAUGUUCGCAUUGGGAGGACAUUUCAAUGUCUCAACCAAAGACUCUCCAAUUUCCAAUGCAAGACAAAUUGAAGCUGGAGCAGAGUUUACUAGAACAUGCUAUGAAUCGUAUGCUCAAAUGCCUUCAAAGAUUGGACCUGAAACAUUCUUAAUGGAUUCUGGAGAUAUUAGAGCUGGUGUUCCUACAUAUUUAUUAAGACCAGAAACUGUGGAAAGUAUUUUCGUGUUGUGGCGUGUGACAGGUGAUGAAAAAUACAGAGAUUGGGGAUGGAAGAUUUUCCAAGCUAUUGAGAAGCAUUGUAAGGUGGAAGGUGGAGGAUACAGUGGCUUGCACUCGGUCUUGUCCACACAACCUGGAAAGGAUGAUUUCCAACAAUCAUUCUUUUUGGCAGAAACUCUGAAAUAUUUGUAUUUAUUAUUUUCACCGAAUCAUGUCAUUCCAUUGGAUAAGUUUGUGUUCAACACUGAAGCUCACCCUCUCAGAAUCACGAAAACUGAACAUUAA